AUGGUUGACUAUGUAUCGUCUGGUGUUUGCAAGCGAGAAAAACUGCUAUCCUAUUUUGGACACUCUGUAUCAAAUUAUGUGCCAGAACAUACAUGCUGUGAUGUUCAUGCUAAAACAUGUGAAUGUGAUGAAUGUUUGUUACAUGCAACAUCAGAAAUUUUAGAGGAAUUGUUCUGCUCUGAUGACCAGGAAAGGCAGGAAGAAGAGGUGUCUUCAUCUGAAUUGGCACAAGUUACUCCUCAGCUAAGUAUGGAUAAGAAAACGUUAUUGAGAGAAAGGCUUGUUGAUUUUAGGCAAAGCUUGCAUGGAUCGGGAAGAAGUUGUGUUGGAAGUGUAAGUCUUUGCACAGGUUUUAGUACGGAACUUCUUGAGGAAAUUGUUGAGAAUGCUAAUAACUUUAAGUCAGUAGAUGAUAUAUGCAAUCAAUUGCCUUUAUUUAACACAGAUCAUGCUGUUUCAAUUUUUAAAAUACUUGAAGACUUACAAUGUGAAAACUGUCAAUAG